UCAUGGCGAACAUAAUGAUGAUUUUGGAAAUGAGAUAAAUUUGUGUAUUGCAGUUGAGAAAAGCUUUUCUGUUUACAAUAAUCUUUUAGAAGACGAUAGACAGAAUUUAAGCGAAAAUUCAUUAAAAAUAUUAAAUAUGUU